AUGUCCUUCUUCCGGUUUUUUAGCGUACUGGUGAUCGGUACGUUUAUCGAAGGGUUCCGCUCAGAUCCUUGCUCGUCCUACACAUCUUUAACUGGACAAUACCAACGAUCGACCGGUUAUGUAAUGCAGUCAACAGACAUUGCUAUUAGUGACAACUUCCUGUCUGAAGGAUGGUAUCGUUUUGACAGUGGUGCUGGAAAUGAUAUGGUGACCCAAGCACCUUCAAUCACACAAUGCGGUACCAUAUACCCGAUAUGGUUACAAGGAGCAUUACCGUCUGAUGCCGAUGGAGAAGUUAGUCGAACUGCCUGUAUAGUAGGAUUUAGCGGACCUUGUUCGAAAACAAUUACCAUCAAAGUAAAAAGCUGUGGAAAUUAUAGAGUUUACUAUUUGGUACCGGUACCUCAAACGUCCACUGGAUACUGCAUAGGGGAAAACUCGCCUUGUCCUGAGGGAAAAACAUCAAAAACGGGAUUUACCCCUUGUCAAGAUAUUAUUCCUAAAAGUACAAACCCAUCCGUAAAAGUCUCAUUGGAAAACAAACAAAAUUUAAACAUACCGUUAUUAAAACCGGUGGAGCCUGUAUUUAAAUGUUUGUUUGAUGAGCCGUCUGGCGGUCCAUACUGGUAUGACACAUAUUGGUCCAUCAAUAUGGACACUGUCAAAGUGGUAAAAUCACAACUGCACAACAGCAAUCAAAGCUGGCUGUAUCCCAACGACUGGGUCGACAAUUAUGAUUUAAAUAUGGUGGUACAAUGUUCAGUACGUGUUCGGCAAUUCGAAAAAGGCAUUCCAGGUCAUCACAACUACAGUGACAAUUUUCCAGCUGGAAUGUUUCCCUCGUCUUUUUCACACAAACUCAAAGAAGGGGAAACGAUUUCCAUAAAAUUGACAGUAACUGUUCCUCUUGGAUGUUUUGAUAUAAAUCAUCAAAAUAACUGUAAAACAAGUAUUUUCCUACUAACUCCGGAAUACCGUUCUUCAACUAAUUCAUGCAAGCCUCUUAGUAAACAAGGUGACUUAGCAUUUGACGAAAAGGGAUGUGGCAUUGUUAUUGAAAGCUCUACAUGGUGGGACGAAAAAAUCCUUAAUGUUACCGGCAAAUCUGACGGGUUAAUUAAUUAUCCCAAAGGUAGAAACUUAAAUAUCAAGCUAGGUUCUAAAACGAAUAGUCCAGACGAUCCAUCGAAAGUUUGGUUCAACUUUACCAUGCCUGAUAUUAAGGUUCGCCUAUAUGACAAGGACGAACAUAUGAAAAACAAACUUUGCUACGCAGAUACAGACCCUAGAAUACAAACUUUUGACGGAAAACCGUGGACAGCUUCUUUGGCAGGGGAAUUUGUCAUGUACAGAGAUACACAAAGGAGAAUAGCUGUUCACGCUAUUUUUUCCUCUUGUCGGUGGACUAAUUGGCAUCACGAAGGAUAUUGUGGUUGCGGCAUUGCCAUUAGAGUAGAGAACUCACUGUUUGCUUAUCGUACUUGCGAGAGAAUAUCCAAUCAUUACAGUAAACCUCUAAUUCAUCAUGAUACUGUGUAUCAUAUUUGUGACGAUCGCCAUAUGGUAGUAGAUAUUGGGAACCCAUGGUCAACGAUAACUCUCCCGAAUGGAGCUAAGGUAAAGUAUCGUAUAGGACAGGAUUGGAUUUAUAACAUUCAUAUUACACCAUCAAUUUUUGACGAGGGCAAUGUUGAGGGGUUGUGUAGAAACCCAAAUAGUGACACAUCUGACGAUUUCAUUCCUCAAGGGUCGAGAGUAUCGACUUCCAACACAAGAAACUUUCAAGCAAGUUGGAGGGUUGAUAUUAGUUCUACAGAGAGCCUCUUUGGAGUCAAUACAAAGUUCAACAAUAGUAAUUUUAUGUUGCCGAAAUAUUGUGACUGUGCUGAAGAAAUAAAAGAAAAUGAAUACAGUAUAUCUAAAUACCAUACAGCACGUUGUUCAGCUUCAUCAGCUAUCAUGUGCUCCCAAACUACAACUCCAAAUAGUUUGACAUCAACGUGCACAAGCUACCAAAAUCGAUAUAAACGAAAUUCCAAUAAUUUUGAUUUUCAACGACGCCUCAUAGACAAAAGGAGUGCUGAAAGUGAUGGCGUCACCGAAAUUAUGCCCUUGACCAUUGAUCCAAGUUUUGACCCGAACUUUAUUCCUCCCACUCCCUCAUGGAAGAAUGGUUGGAAUGAAUCAACAGCACGAGAACACUGUGAAAAUAUUAUUCUCAAUAACCCGGCUAGGAUAAGUUGUCAGAACUACAUUCCAAUGGGAGAAAGUGCCAAUAUAUCGAUAGAGCAAUGUGUCCUAGACAUAAGGGAUAGUGGAUCGACAGAGUUUUCAAAACAUACUUUGGAAUCUUUAAACCAUUUUUGUUUUGACCAAAUAAAAAAAUAUGAAAUAUAUUACGUAAGGAAAGGCACUAAAAGAGCUUCCGUUGUAGAUGCAAUAGGAAAACUUAUUUGUCCUAAUGAUUGCUCUUCUCAUGGUGUCUGCAAUGAAGGACAGUGCAAAUGUAGAGAUCCAUACAUUGGUGUCGACUGUUCACUCACUGCCUCAACACCGCCAACAAAUGUUACCUUACCGGAAAACGGAUUAUGUAAAACGAGCAAACGUGCAUGCAAGAAAACAAACAUCUUUGGUUAUUUUCAUUCGGAAGUUGUUUACGCCAAAUUAGAGGAAUUUGAAAUAACGGAUCUGGGGAAGACAACCAAGCAUUCAACUGCAACCUUCCAAACAACGCAUAUUACUCCUAUUAUUUUACGAAUCAAUUUGCCGACCACUAACCGUAGAAGACGUUCUCCAUCCGGGAAUUUAUAUGGGAUUGGUUUUCACAUUAGUUUGUCCUAUUACAAUAUACAUUUUGGUAAAUCCAUGCCCAUUGUUAUUUUCAACGACGUCUGUUACACCUGUAGUGUUUCAACGUUGGAAUGUAACAUUACGAGAUCAUGUGAAGAUUCUUUGUCAAAACAAAACACGAAUGUCAAAAAAGACAAGGAAGGUAAUGAAAUUUCUCUGGCUUUGAUCUCAGCUCUAUGUAUUGUUUCUGUCAUCAUCCUUGCGGUUGUCUGCGUUUUACUCUAUCUUAAGAUUAGACCGAAUACUCGUUUAAGCCCAAAAGUGGACAUAAACAGCCAAUCAUCUAAGUGUGAACAGUUUCCCCCACAGCUUUACGAGACCAUCAACACAGACUGUAUCCCUUCUCAGCCUCCUAAUUAUGAAUCCCUCAGCCCCCCAAGUUUUGCAACAACAUAG